AUGACAGCAACGCUCCUUGAAUCCAAUGUAUCGAAGAGUAGGCUCUAUCGCUGGAGGAUAGAGGAGGAGAAGCUCUCCACGACCGACAGAAGACGCAGAGCUUUCAGGAAAGGCAAAGCUAAGCUUUCGGCUCCGGAACCUGAGAUCAAACAGUGGGUCCUCGAACGCAGUUCACUAAACAGAGCGCUUCAGGUGCGCGAUGUUCAGAGAAAAGCCUUGGAGAGAGCGAAGAACGCCGGCAUAGAGAAUUUCAAAGCUUCGAACGGAUGGGUCCACAUGAAGAGGAACAACCGAAGCGUUCGGAGACCAACCGGCGUGGGUCAACCUCUCCCGAAUGGAGCCGUCGAGAAGAUCGCAGCAUUCCGCGAGUUUGUCAUGGAUGCCACGUCAGGAUUAACACCCUCAAGUGUGGGUAAUAUGGACGAAGUUCCAAAGCCCUUCGACAUCACCUACGGUCGGACCCAACUAUUCCAAGAACCUUAG